AUGGCCUCCUUCAUCCGCGCAAAACAGGCGGGCGUCCAGACGGACCUGUCGCAGAACAUCCAGCCCAUGCACUUUAUGCCCGACGAACAAGCUCGCUACGGCAUCAACUCCCAGAUCAGCUGUCUUGCCUACGACCCCGUCCAGUCUCUACUGGCAGUCGGCACCAACGAGUCCAAGUUCGGCCCGGGAAAAAUCUACGUCUUCGGCCAACGCCGUGUCCACAAGUUUUUCUGCCCACCGCGCCCAUCGUCCAUCCGAGAGCUACGCUUCGUCGCCAACCGCCUCAUCAGCCUCGAUAGCAAGAACGAGCUGGCGAUAUGGGACCUCGACACGGGCAACCAGGUUGCCAAAUACGUAUACUCGGGCGUCGUGUGCCUGGUGACAGACCCCAUGCUGGACUGGGCCUUUGUCGGGUUACAGAGUGGUGAUAUUGCAGCCUACGACCUCGACCGCGAACGCCCCUCGACCUUUCGCAUUCCCAACUUUUGGCGCGAGCGAGACCCCAACCCGACCGCAGGCAGACUUGUGUCGAUGCAACUACACCCCAGGGAUAUCGGCAAGAUCUUGAUUGCCUACACAAAUGGAGCCGUCAUCUACUCGUUCAAGCAAAACAUUGUCCAGAAAUACUUUGAAUACGAGCUGCCGCCUGAUGCUCCCGGCGGAGACGGCCACGGAAUCCACAUGGCCCGGAAACCAAAGAUCACCCAUGCCGUUUGGCACCCCACUGGCACCUUCAUUCUGACUGCGCACGAAGACGGCAGCCUCGCCAUCUGGGACACCAAAGAAGGCCGUCUCGUCACGGCCAGGUCACUAUACCGCACCCGAGUCAACGAGCCCACCUCCAACCCACCCAGACCCAUGCGCCUCGCUCCCUUCGUCCGUAUCUCGUGGUGCUGCCAAACCGAUCCCGACAACACCGGUCUUCUGAUUGCUGGCGGCCACAACAUCGACGAUCCCACCGCAAGCAACCUCACUUUCCUCGAACUCGGUCCCACCCCGAUCUAUGCCACCUCCUCGUGGGAAGUUCUUGCUGCUCACUUCGAUGGCAAGCGCUCUCUCCCCAUCUCCACUCCCCCGGGAGCAAGCGUGGUCAACUACGUUCUCAUCCCGCGCUCAUCUCCCUACUUUAACGGCGCUCAGGACCCCAUCGCUGUUUUGGUCCAGCUUUCCUCGGGGGAACUCAUCACCUUGACCUUCCCCUCUGGUUUCCCCAUCUCUCCAACCAAUAUGCUGCACCCCAGUCUCUCGUUUGUCCAUCCGUUUGUUCAAACAGUAGCUGUAUCGACAGUGCCAAGAGCACGCUGGCUGGGCAUGGCGGAGAAGAGGAGCUUGGGAGAGCAGAUCCUCAGAGGAGGAGUGGAGUACAGUCACAGAACGAGAAAGGAGCAGAGGAAUAUCGUCCAAGUUCUCCACGCCGAUAACAUCAUCCGCUUGUGGGACGUUGGCCGCGGAGACGAGAUUGAGAAUGCCAUGCAGUGUCAAGUGGACGUUGCCAGGUCGCUCAACCGAUUCGAGGGCGGUGUGGAAACGACGGCUAUGCACAUGGCGCAAGAGACGGGAGAGUUCGCGGCUGGCACAAAGACGGGAGAGGUGAUUGUUUGGCGGUGGGGAAUCAACAAGAACUUUGGCAAGGAGGAGCCCAGAGCCGAGGAAUGUGAAAGGGGAGGCUUGAUGGAUAUUUCCUCCAGGGCGGAACCGAGUUUGAAGGAAGGACUGCAGCCGUUUGUCAUGCAUAACAUGGCUCAGGGGAGGGUGACGGUGGUGGCGGUGUCGGAUGUAGGCUUUGUGGCUGCUGGCUCCGAGGGCGGACAUCUCUCUAUCAUUGACCUGCGAGGGCCAAAGGUUAUCUACCAUGGCUCUGUCACGGAAUGGUCCAAGGGCGAGAAGAGGGGGCUGUUUAAGCAUUCGUCUAGCUCCAGUCACGGGGGCAAGCCCGAGUGGCCGACAGUCAUUGAGUUUGGAGUCAUGACGCUCGAAGGCGAGAACUAUUCGAGUAUCUGCUGCUUCGUGGGAACGAAUAUGGGGAGGGUGGCUACUUUCAAGUUGCUGCCUUCUGGCCAGGGGUAUUCGGUCCAGCUGGCCGGUGUUGCGAACAUGGACGAUAAGGUGGUGGCUAUUUGUCCUAUUGAGGUGCAGACGGGGCGGGAAGCCGGUGCUACAGGGCCCAUUGUUGCUGGGUUGAGAGAGGGCAAACAGGUUGAUGGUGUUUUGGUUGCUGUCACCCAAACUGAAUCCAAAAUCUUCCGCCCACCCCACGCCCGCGGCGCCUCCAAAUCUUUUGACUCCGGCAUCCUCUGUGACGCCGCUGCCGUGACGCCCGCCGACACCUCCAUGUCGUCUCACGGCUACGCCCUCGUUGCUGUCUUCAACGACCGAACCCUCCGUUCUUACACCCUCCCGGGACUGCGCGAGAUCGCCAAGCAUCCGUUGCCCAUGCUCGACCCUCUACGCACCAUAUCAACCGUCAUUUCCAAAACCGGUGACGUCCUCGGUUUCACCGGCCCCUCCGAAAUCACCGUCCUCCCAGUCUGGGGAGGCAGCGGACGUGCUCUCGAGAACACGCUCGAUAACAUGAUCAACAUCGCCCAAGAGCUCCCACCUAGACCCACAAUCUCCAACGUCCAAUGGCUCUCCGGUACACAGUACAUCUCCCCCACAGAUCUCGACCUCCUCAUCGGCGGCCCCGACCGACCUCCUUCCAAGAGAAUGAUGGCAGCUACAGACGCAGAACGUAACGGCGCCGGAGUCUACAACCCUGCCGCCGCCGGUGCCGCGGGGUCAAGUACCGCAAGGUUGCAGGGACAGGUGAAAGAGACAGAAGGGUGGGGUGAUUACCUCACACGCCAGCUGAACGAGCGCACCGAGAAGUUGAAUAUCAUGGGCGAUAGCAUGGACAACUUGGCUAACACGACGAGUAAGUGGGCCGAGGACGUGGAUGGGUUCGUCAAAAAGCAAAAGAGGGAUUUGUUUUUGGGGGGGAUCAAGAAGAGUUUCUUUUGAGCGUGUCAUAUGUGGAUUGGGAUUUUUGGUGCUUUUAACUGGAGUUGGGAGUCAGCGCUUGGGAUAGAUAGACCUUGGUGGUCUGUCAUCACUUUGGGCAGAUCUUAGUGUUGUUUUAAGUGAAUGGCAUCUUUGUUGUUUCUCUU